CGGAGAUGUUCGUAGGAGAAGAUAGCGGGCACAAGACGAGACGGACGACGAAACGAGCAUUGAGUUAAUCAAAUGCGCUGCCACAUGCCCGAAGCGCGGCUCAGAGGCCUGUGCUGCCUGCCAAGUCAUCAUCUCACGCGCGCAAAACCACUUCCGCUCCUUCUCCAUUCCUUGUUAUCUGUCUGCUGUGAUACUGAUGUCAGGUCUGCCUCAAAGUUUGUCAUCUCGUUCCCACAUCAUGUCAGCCUGCCUUCUUUGAUACAACUUGGACUUCCAACCGAGCUCGUCGCGCGACCGUUAGAUAGAUGGACCGGCAGCAGUACCCCACACCCAUCUUUGACCAUCUUCUAACCCGACUCUGUGUCACGCCUAAAUUGCAAUACCGAGCCCGUAUCAUGCUUCGUCGCAAACUUUUUUGUUUGCCGGCACGUUGAUCG